AUGGAGGCGGUGGUCGGGACCAGUCCGACCAAGUCGCCCACAGAGCAGAAAGAGCCGCCUGUCUCAGCUGUGUGGUUUCAUUCACAUGGGCGCAUUUGGGUGCCAUUUCCUGAAGACGAUAUCGCGUCGUUGGAGGAAACUUGGGGUGUUGUGAAAGAUGAACUUGCCCGGGCUGCCGCGUCACGCCCCGUACCUGAAAAUGCUCAGACACAGCGAGGAUGGCUGUCUACGUCAUUUUGGGGGGAGCAGGCCAAUGAGCAGGACUCUGUUCUCCCACCGCGGCCCCCGCGGCCGAUGCCGACUGAGAAACAGGCUGUGCCGACAUACAGGCUCACGGACCCCGAUGAGCCGGAAGAACAGCGGCGAUUCCGCGUGCCUGUGCUGGAAGAUCACCUGUUUGAUGUGGAUAUGGAACGCAUGAUUAUGUAUCCAGCUUUGUGGGCGGGCUAUGAUCAGCAGGUAGUCCGAGCGACAUGGUUUUACGUGGCCUCCGAUGGCGCUUGUUCGCCCAUUGCUUGUAACUCACCAUUGGAGCAGGAUAUCAUACUAGCUUACAACACCGCCCAACCAUGGAGACUCGCUCAGCGGCUUAAGGGGACACUUUCGAAGAAUCGCAAGGCAGAUGAGCCACCCGUGCAGUACAACUUGGCCAGUGUCGUCGGUGGGGCCAAAAUCCAGUUCGAAUCGGCUUACUCCGCGCGUGUCUAUGCCCAAAAUUUUGGCAGCAAGCUGUUUCCCUUCUUGCGUGAGGCUGUGAUAGUUCGUGGAUUCGAUCAUGCUCGCGACAUAAGCGAGCGGUAUGGGUCGCGACUUUCGUCGUGGCAAAGACGCCCCGAACCGGCUUCUCCAAGACGCACUCCCUCCGCCUCGCCUGCCAUGACAGCUGAGGACAUGAAUAUGAAGGCCGAAUCAAACACUUCAGCCGAAGAAGAUUCCAACCCAACGGGUAUCAUUAGUGAACGGACAGCUCCCGACCCCACUGUAUCACCGACACCAUGGGUUCCUCUUAGUGAAGCGUUUUUGUCACGAGCUUGGCCAAGCAAGUCGCCCAGAAUGAGCCCACGAGUCGAAGAUGUCGACGAACAAGCUCGUCCCCGGGAUCCCUUUGAUGAUGACUUCGAUAUGCCUAGCACAUCCAAUCGACCGCCGGAGCUCCUCUUUUGUAUCCAUGGCAUCGGCCAGAAACUCUCGGAGGAUUAUACCUCCAUGCACUUUGUGCAUGAUCUAGAUCGGCUUCGCAAUAUCAUGCGCUCACAGUCUCAGAACCCAGAGCUCAAGUGCCUCCUGAAUGGGGGCCGUGUCAAACUGAUACCCAUUUGCUGGCGGCGCACUUUAGAAUUUGAUCCUGAGCACGGCAUGUAUACUCUCGAAGACAUUGGAAACGCAACCUCGAUUCCCACAGUGCGUACGUUUGUCAACAAAGUGCUCCUUGAUAUCCCCUUUUACUUCUCCAAGCACCACGACAUGAUGGAGCGCAGCGUGCUCUUGGAAAUGAACCGCCUGUAUCGCUUGUUUGUUCAGCGUAAUCCUGACUUUGAGCGACAGGGUGGCCGUGUUUCUAUCCUUGGUCAUUCACUGGGAUCCAUGCUAGCUGCUGAUAUUUUGAAGGACCAACCGACCCAAGUGCCGCCCCUCUGUGAGACGGCAACGCAUGAUAUCCACAACACGUCGCGCCACUUGCUAUUCAAUGUCCGCCACUUUUUCUGCAUUGGAUCACCACUUCCCCUUCUCUUUUACAUGAACGGUGCCCGCCUGGUUGCUCGCCGUCGCUCCGAGGAAGAUUAUGAAGAUGCCACGUCCGACCAAGUUGGGCAAAUGGGAUGCUUGGCCGUCGAGUCCAUCUACAAUCUUUAUAUCGCAACGGAUCCCAUCAGUUUUCAGAUGUCAGCCACCUCAGAUGCACCUUAUGCACGCUUAGUACGUCCUGUUCAUGUGCCCCGUGAUCCUGCUCUGCUGCCGGACGCACUGGAGGAACCACGCGUGAAUAUGGGCAAGCUAUUAAAGCGCGUCGUGGAUGAACGGCAGUCACAAGAAACGCCUCCCCUGGAUGCCAAGCAGGUCCCUGACACACCAAGAUCCAGACCCAUUCCUCUCGAAGAAAUGGAACGGGGCGAACGUCGAUUCCGCGCGCUCAAUCCCAAUGGAUGCAUUGAUUAUGUUAUGGAUGUGGGCUAUGCCAGUUCCUUUUCGCAAUACAUUGAUAUGUUGCGCUCCCACGUGAGUUACUGGACCAACAAGUCGCUCGCCAACUUUCUUCUGCAUCAACUGUUGCUCAAUCCUGAUGCAGAACGCCUACACAGCACGGCCAGUAUUCCGGACCUGUCCCUCGACCCCACCACAGAGAGCGUGUAA